AUGAUGCUUAAUUUUCUUACCUUAAUGAAAUUACCUUCAAACAUUUAACUUCCAAUUUUGAAUAAUUCCUUAAUAACUAACAGGCCUUAAUAUGCUCAAGUAUUUUAAGGAAUCGUUGAAGCUUUAUAAUAGAUGUUAUUUUAAAUUUCAAUAUAUAGCUAUUUGGGCAUAUUUCAUAUUUCCAAGAAAUAGGCCACUCCUUAUCUGUCAAUAUAUAAGAAUGUAUUGUUAUAUUAUUUAUAAAAUAAAGAAGGUAUAUUAAAGGAAGAAAUAUUCAUUGAUUAGUUUCCAGGUACUAUUAAAUUAAUUGCUAUUCAUUUUAAAUUUAUAAAAAAAUGA